AUGUUAUACCUUUAUAGAGUAAACAGUGUUGGUGGGCAUGGCCGGGACGCUGGAGAAGUGAAGAAAAAAUGGAUCGACUUGAAGUCUGUAGUGAAAAAGAAGGUCAUGGGGCAGCUUCACGGCCACAAACAAACCGGAGGUGGCGAGCCCAUUGAGAUGAACAUUAAGGAUUGGGAGGAGAAGGUCCUUGCAACCAUACCAAAGGUGUCUGUUUCUGGGAUAGAAGGGGGGAUCGACACUAGUGAACAAUUGAAUGGCAUCAUGUCUUCAGAGGUCCCGGCAACUUCACUUGAGGUCAAGACAGGAGAGGUCUCAUCACCAGAAGGAACAGGGAGUGACAUCACACCAGGACCAUCCUCAACAGCCAAGAGAAAGUUGGAGGAGCCUGGGAAGAGCGAAAAGAAGAAAAAGAAAAUGGAGGAAGAGGAUUUAAGUCUGAGGAUGGUUCUUGCUCAGGAGCAAACAAACUCAAUAUUAAAAGAAAUAAGCAACAGCUUAAAAGAAAUUGUUAAUCUAAAAAGAGGCGAACAACAAUUUAGUGUUUUUGAACAAUAACUUUUGUAUAUGAUGUGUAAGCAUUACUAUUAUCCGGAAAACGUUAUUUGCAAAUUGGUAAUUGAAAUGUAUUUAAAAAGUUAUUAUUUCUUGUGAAUAAAAUUGAGCUUUGGCAUAAUUUAAAUGAUCUCGUUAUAGAUGAAAAGUAAUAUGUUGACAUAAUGUAAAAAUAGAUGAUGAUCAUUGCAAAAAGUUUCCCUAAAGUCACAUUUAUCUCUUGAAAUUAAGAAAUUAUACAUUCAAUUGAAAAGUACAUACAUUGAAAACAGAAAUAUUUGUAAAAACAGAAAAAACUUUGUCAUGGAUCUAUAUUUUUUUUAUCUUAAAGGGACUGUUCACCACUAUGCUAUGAAGGCUUACUUUAAACGAGUGGUAUAUUUAAGCAGUAUACCUAACUUGGUAAUAUCAUGUGAUAACAACGACUAGCAAAUCACGCAUUAGGAAUGAUUUCUACUAGGUAGACAUACCCAGUAAUCUUUUUUAAUGGAAAAAUACAAAAUAACUGCUAAACUUAAAUAAAUUAUAAACUAUGAGGAACUUUAGUUUAUAGAAAGUUUCAAUGCAUCGUACACAUUAAUACCAAGUUUAUGUCAGUUUUCGACAAUUUUCUUGCAAAUUGAUCAUCUGGUGCAAAGUUACUUUAACAAUCCUGAUUUCUUGAAACUUCCUCAGCUUAUUAGGCUUUAAGUAGUUCCUUUUAUUUUGCAAAAUAUCAAAUUUAAACUAGAUUUUUAUAA